AUGCCGUUUCCAACGGCGCAGCAGGUCCUGCCGGUCCUGCCGAAGCCGCAAAAUGGACCGGGUCGAAAUGGACCCGCUUUGUCGGCGAUCGAAGACAAGGAAAUGAAGAAAAAGCUGAGGAACAGAGAAUCUGCUCUUGCAGCGCGAGAACGAAAGAAGCAAAAGAUGCUAGAGCUCGAAAGAAGAGUUGCUGAACUUUCCAGGAACAACUCAAUUCUCAAAAUGGAAAAUUGCGCUCUAAGGGGCACGCUCACGUCGGUUAUGCAAAAAUACGGCGCCCAAAAGUCCGAGAUCGAUGAAACCCUGAGGUUAACGGAGAACGUCACAAUUAAGAAGGAAGUGCUCGAGACCAAGCCGGUCAUCCAGAAACCCGCCGCUCCAAAGCGAAAAGCGGCCGUUCCAGUCGUCAUCAAGCAAGAAAUAGACGCUGGAUUCUCCGAGCCUUGCGAGUCCGAUCCACCGCCAAUCAAGCUGCCAAAAGUCACGCUUACGACUGGCACGCCAACAACUGCCACGACGACAGCGACAGUAAACGGUAAAGUCAUCCGCAAACAAGUGGUGCUGGCGUUCAAUCCCUUCAAACUCGGAACUGCGAAUAUAAAGCGCUGCCAAAUCGCGACUGCGGCACCAAAGACGACCACAAGCGAGCAGCCUAUUUCGAUUCAUCAAAGCAGCCACACUUUGAAUGGCCACAAUAGUCGAGUGCAGCCGGUGGCGCGAAGGAUGGAAAUGUCAAACGCUGGCUCGGGCGAGCAGCGGGUAAGUCCAGUCAUCGCCACCGCGCAAGUCAACCUGGACAAGCUCCAAGCGCAGGGCGCGCAGAUCCAAGCGCACAAAACAGCAACUCCGAACAACCAGCAGGUCAAACAAGAGCCCGACAAUCAGCCUCAGAUCUCCGCCGGCCACAACAAUCAGAACAACAACACCAACUUCAACAAGUUUGACGGGUCAGAUGUGGGAACGCCCGAGCACGCCUCCUCCCCUUCGACGAGCAGUGAAAGUGUCUACGUCUAUCAGCCGGUAUCUCCCCUGUGGUCUGCCUCCGGCUCGCCGGCGUCCGAUUCUGCCUAUUCCGGAUCUGGCUCUGAAACAACACCGAGCCACCGCUCCAAUUCCGGCAUUGGCUCUGAGCUAAGCCCGCUCAAGUCGCAGAGCUUCGAGCUUGAUCAGCUGUCGCAAGUAGACACGAUGGUUUCAAACGGCUCCUGGUACGAGCCUCCUCAACCUCAGAACACGCUUGAUCCGAUCAAUCAGUUGCUCAGCAGACGGAGCCCGGUCACAUGCAAUAGCCGCGAUAUGAACUCCCGGCCGGUGGUAUCUAUGGAGUCCUCCGUCGAGCAGAACUCGUCGCCGUGGCACAGCAUGCUCCACAAUGACACGAUCAUUUCUAACAACAGCCAACCUCCUCUCCAUCUUCAACAACAACAAACAAACAAUCACAAUCUCUCACAGCAUCAGACCAACAACCACCACAGUCAUGCCAACUCCCUAAACAACUCCCAACCAAAUCAAAAUCAUCACAACAACCAUAAUAGUCAAAAUCAAAAUAAUCAACUUUCGAGCCAACUUAACUCAUCACAAAACAGUGCAUCCGAUUUCUUCUCGAGUUCAGAAGUUCCAAGCUCGGAUUUGGAAUCGUCUCUUUUCCAAAACUCGCCCUUCUCCGACGAUUUUUCUGUGCUCUUCGGCCUUAGUUAA